AUGCAAGUCCCCGAUAACGCCGAAUCCACCGUUCCAAAAAAUUCUCCAAGGCUAGCUGGAACAGUUAACUGGGGCACAGCAACUGUCAUUGGAGUUUUUUCAGGCAUGAUAUAUGGUGGUAGCAAAGAGGCAGCUGCUUCUGUUAGCAAGGAUGCUGAAGUUAUGUUGAAACUUGGGAGCACUGAAGACAAACGUGAGCAAUAUCGAUUGAUGAGAGAUGCAAUGGAGAAACGAUUCAUUCGAGUUACACGGGGCUCAAUAGUUGGAGGGAUACGCCUUGGAAUGUUCACUGCUGCAUUUUACAACAUACAAAAUCUGCUUGCAGAGCAGAGAGGUGUUCAUGAUGUUUUUAAUGUUGUUGGAGCUGGAUCAGCAACUGCUUCAGCUUUUGGCUUAAUCUUGCCUGGAACACUCCGUUGGCGAGCAAGGAAUAUGGCUCUAGGGUCGGUGCUGGGAGCUGCAUUUUGCUUUCCUCUUGGUUGGAUCCAUCUGAAGCUGGUACAAAUGGCUAAUGAAGCGAGUCAGGCAGCACAUCCACCUUCAGGUCAGAGCGAAGUAAAGAGUGGGGUUAGUGCUGCAAUUGAGAGGCUCGAAGGAAAUUUAAGUAAAUGA